UGUUGUCCCUUCCUUGGCGAAACCCUUCCAUCGCGACGCCGGAAGCUUCUUCCCCUCUGCCCUUUUCUGCUGCUUCUCCAGCUUAGGAUCCGAUGGACGACCGAUGGAGGAUGCGAAGGUGUCGUCGAUCCCCUUGACGAUCGCCACCGUGGCCUCUCCUCUACCUCUCGGCAACUUACCGGCUCUUCCUCCUCCACUGCAGAAGCACUGGCGACAACUCUCGACCGCAUCAGAUCUCUAAACCUCACCUGUUCCGAGAUAAACCAUGAAAUGAAAGCAGUUAUUUGUGCAUAUGGAACAAUCCAGUUCAGCUGAAAGUUAUGGUCUUGGUGACCAGGCAACUAGUGAUGUUACCGUUCGCUUAAGGAAUGGAGAUGGGAAGCCUGAGUGGUUCCGCUGCCAUUCAUCCAUUCUAAGGAGACAAAGCAAGUACUUUUCAGAUUUGCUUUCCAAGAACAAUCUUAGUAAUCCAAGCCUUGAAUCGCAGAAUUGCAUUGAAGUUCCUUGCAAAAGCGGCGAGUAUGAAAACUAUGUUAAGCUCUUGAAGCUAUUAUAUUUAUCUGAAGAAUCAGUUUCAGACUCAUGGGAUUCUGUCAUGUCUGUGCUUGGUAUUCUUCGAGCUUCAGUUGCUCUUGAGUGCAGAUCAAUCAGCCAGAGCUGCAUCAAUUACUUGGAGGCUGUGCCUUGGGGGGAAGAGGAAGAGGAAGAAAUUGUUAAAGUUGUUUCCACUCUAGGUCCCGAAGCUCAACCUCUUAUAGCCCGGAUAAAACCUGUUGAUUCAAAUGCUACUAAGAAUGUGUUCCUUUCGGCUUUACAUUGUGCUACGACCGUCGGAUGUUCCUUUCCUCCAUUCACAGAUGAUCUAAAAAAUUCUGCACAGGAACAAGUUGAAUACAUGCUUAUGGAGGACGAAGACACUCCAUUGGUUGUCACAGAUGAGGAUGUAAAAUCUGAGGUAAGUGGAUGCCUAUCCAGGAUAUUCACUACACUAGCAACCACACUGGAUUGGCUGCCCUCUGGUUUUAAACAGUCCCCAGAAGCAGCUGAACAACGCCUCUUCCAAACCCUAUCAGACGUCGAGUGGAUGAGCAAUAUACUUCCAAAAUUGGAAAUGAUGAAGGAAUUUGUUUCUAACUGGGCUAUUAUAUCUGAUCACAUGUUAGCAGUCAUUCAAGAUGAGAAGUUUAACUCCACUUUCUGGUCUGUGAAGGCUAAGUUGAUCGAAGUGACUGGGAAAGUGUUGGAUGCUAUUGGAUACGGCAGCGUGGUUCUUCCAACACCAUCCAGAGUCCAGUUCUUGAAGACAUGGCUCCCAUAUAUUAGGGAGCUGAAGCCUAUACUUGAUUCAAAAUGCGUGGAGGACAACUCAUUUCCUCACAAGAUGGACAGCGAUUUAUGUCAGAACAUAGAAGGUGCAAUCACUUCACUUGUGCUUGCCUUGCCAUCAAACGAUCAAGCUGAUAUACUUGCUGACUGGAUGAAGAGAAAUGAGCAGUCGAGUUAUCCGGAUCUGAGUGAGGCAUUUGAAGUGUGGUGUUACAGGGCCAAAACAGCUAAAAGGCGAUUGUUGGUCAACCUUGAUGAAGGGGGCAAUUCAGCUGUCAGCCUCUAAUGUUGCAUUACCUUUGUAGUUUGAUUCAGGUAGAUGGCUUAGGAUUCCUUUGCUAAUGAAUCCCUUGCGAGCUGUACUAUUCCGGAGCUGUUUUUAGGUGCAUGCAUUAGUAAUCCAUCCUGUGUUUUCUCACAAACAAAACUCUCAUAUCCCAAUGAUGCAACAACACAAGAUUACAUGAAGACUGAACACCAAGGAUUUACCAUGAUGGUCAAUAAAAUCUUCUAUGGGCCGGGUUAGGAUCAGUCAUUCUUAAAA